AUGUCUACAAGGAAGGAUGCAACCAAAACGUCAAGUACAAACUUAUCAAAGAAAAAAGUGUCCACAAAGGCAUCUUCAAAGCGAGAAGACAGUACGGACAGAAAAAACGUUAAGAAAACGGAAGUGCCGCACAAAACGAAAACUAAACCUAUUGCAACCGGUUUAACAGAUAGGAAUGCAGAUAAUAACGCUGUAAAGAACAAUACUAACUUAAAAGUCGAAAAACCCUUAAAAGUACAAAGUACACCGCAUGGAAAGCAAGUGCCGACCACAUCUACAAGAAAAAAUGUUAAAACAAAAGUGCCAGUGACUCCUCCUAGUAAUAGAAUAUCAAAAACGCAAUAUUUUCCUAGUAAAAGUUUAUAUGCUAACGCGCUAAAAGUAGAUGAAUCUAUACCUAAAAACACAUCAGGUAGCAGCAGUCGAGAAAUAACGAAAAAGGUAUCUCAAGACAGGAACGACGCUAAAAUUGUUAUAAACAGAGAUAAAGGUAAGGAUACUAUUAAAAAAGUACCUCACCAAAAAAUCAAAAGCAAGCCUAAAGAUUUUGGAGAUGGAAAUGUAAUCAAAGCAGCCAAUACCACCAAAAGAAAAACCAGAGAUGUAUCUCCAGAUUCCAGCAGCAUCUCUGAGAGACCUCGAACAGCCACUUUACGGAAAGGCAGUAUAGUCAACGCUAACAUAGUAGGACCAGACGUGCCUAAACAAUUAGUCCCUAGGACUAAAAUUAAAGAAGUUCUUAAAGUUAAAUCUCCAAGCCCGAAAUCAGAAAGAUCUGAUGAGUAUAACUACGAAGAUGACUUUGAGUCAUACGAAUCCGACUUUGAGGAAUAUUUUUCAUCUAGCUCUGUCAACUUAGAUGACGUUUCCGGAGAAGAAACGAGUAGUUCGACACAAAAUAGAACAAGUUCUGCGGGUACUGAUGAUGAAAGAAAAAUGGAUUCGGGACAUUUUGACAUGCCCGAAUUUAAACAUAGGCAGGUAUUGGAUAACAUAAAAGAAUCUAUAGAAAAAGAAAAUGCGAAUCUCAAAUUCCAUGAAAUACAGAGGAAUAAUCCCGCGUCUCUAUCAGAUGAAGGUUUCGAGGACCAAAAGUCAUUACAGUUUAUCAAUUUCUUAGACGCUAAAAAGAAAUAUGAGCAUCGGAAGAGCAUGGAAAUUAAGCGCAAGCGCGGUGAAGAAAUCCUUAAUAUGAUCAGGUUGGACACGUGCAACUUCACUUUAUUUGAAUUGGCGCCUGUGACGUACGAAGUUUUCAUAAAAAAUUACGGUCGCAACAAUACUAUUCAAACUGGAGUACAAACGGGUGAGGACAAUGUAGACGAAGACAUUCAAACAGAAGAAAUUACAAACGUUUCCAAGUGGACGCAAUUUCCUGUUUGUUUCUCUAAAAUUAAUGCUGAUGAUCCAAACUAUUGGCAGAUCUAUAAAAGUGACUAUCUAGGCGUAGGUGGAGAGGUUGCAACUGAAGAUAAAGUCAAUAAAAAGCCUUAUAACGAAAACAGUUUAAUAAAGUUUCUUCUAUCGACUGGAAAUUUAAUUUUAAAACUUCAAAUCGAAUCAAACUUAGAAAAUAACGAAAAGAUUACAAAAAAUACUAGAGAUAUUCCAUUUAGUAAUGGUUAUGUGUUAUUUAAUACCUCCCAAAAUAUUACUAAAGACUGCUCAGUAAAGUGUUUUUCGUUUUCUCCCGAUAGCAGUAAAGUUUUAACCGUACAUUCGCCGAAAAAGCAAAAUGUAGAGGUAUAUAAAAGUAUAGUGUGUGUAUGGACAGUUACGAAUUCUGAGGAACCAGACGUAUUUUUCAUCUCUUAUGGUGAUAUUUCCUGUUGUUCCUUUGGACUGGAGUGUUCCGAUUAUAUUUUCGCUGGAUUAAAUGAUGGAACUAUUUCUGUAUGGGAUUUUAAGAAGAAAAUAUAUAAUGAAGAUUCAUUACUAAAAAGAGCUCCUUUGCAUACCAAUGCAGUUGGUUUAGGACACAUUAGUAAAAUUGUAUCUUUGCAACCUUUUACGAAUUACCUUGACAAAACAAGAUACUUUCAAGCAAAUCAAACAAAUGAGAUUUGCAGUCUAGAUGAAGAAGGCGAUAUAAUUGUUUGGAGCGUCAUUUUGAAACACUGUUCUAAAGAUUCUAACACUUCAAACUGCACUUCUUGGAAUGACCUAGUACUUGUAAAAAAUACCAAAAUUUCUUUAAAACAUAUUUACCCAGAACUGGAGGACCUUCAAUGUACUGAUUUUGCAGUAAAUACAAUCAAUUCCAAUUAUGUGUUGGUGUCUACUAAUUACGGAUUCAUCAUUCAUCAUCUUAUAAAAGGUGGAAGAAGUAACGUCAAAAAAUUCGCUCCAGAAUCACCUUCUGUGGCAAAUUGUAUAGAAGCGUGUCCAUUUUCACCAAACUACUUUCUUGCUGGAUUCAAUGACGGCAAUAUAAACCUCUAUUCGAGGCUGGUAGAAAAACCCAUAAUGGUAUUAUCCGAUAAGGAAGAAAAUGUACGGAAUAGUGCAGUUCAAAUCAUCCAAUGGUCUAAAAACAGACCAUUCGUGAUAUACGCUAAGGAUGUUAAUAAUACAAUACACAUAUGGGAUUUGAAUGAAAGUGAUAUAUAUCCUAUUUUUUCUAUACCAUUUAGUCAGAAUAUCACGUGCAUGAAACUGUCACCGAUGGUAAUGGACGAUAGUUGGAAAAAGUCGUAUAUGAUUAUUGGCACUGAAGAUGGUAAAUUAUACCUGCACCUACUCAACAAAGAACAUGGUCCACAACCAAACCGAACAUAUAAAGAACACCUUAAUACAUUUUUAAAAUACGUUAAUAGAUUGUAACAUGUAAGUAAUUUGUUUUUAUUAAAUAAGUAUCCUUUGUGAUGAAGUUA